AUGGCUAAAGAGGGAGCAGACAUGACGGAGGAAACUGAGUUCAUGAUAGAUAAAAACAUGGGGAAAGAAGCAGAAAAUGUUGAAUCCUCUGGCGAUGCCAAAGAAAUGCGAGCGGUGAUACUGGCAGGUUUCGGAGGUCUAAACAAACUCAGGGUGACCAGGAAGGCAAUGCCCGAGCCUCAGGAGGGUGAAGUGAAGAUCCGCGUCAAAGCGUGUGGCUUGAAUUUCCUGGAUCUGAUGGUACGUCAGGGGAUUAUUGAUAAUCCUCCAAAACCUCCUCUCGUCCCUGGGUUUGAAUGCUCUGGAAUAGUGGAGUCAGUGGGUGAAAACACAAAAGGGUUUGAGAUAGGUGACAGAGUUAUGGCUUUUGUGAAUUACAAUGCCUGGGCAGAGGUGGUUUGCACACCAGUGGAUUUUGUCUACGAGAUGCCAGAUGAAAUGACUUUUGCUGAGGCGGCGGCGUUCUCCCUGAACUUUGUGGCCGCCUAUAUGAUGCUCUUUGAGGUUGCCAACUUGCGAGAGGGGAUGUCAGUGUUGGUGCACUCAGCGGGAGGUGGUGUAGGUCAAGCUGUGGCUCAGCUGUGCUCCACUGUUCCCAAUGUAACUGUGUUUGGGAUCGCCUCAUGUUUCAAACACGCAGCCAUCAGAGACUCUGUGACUCACCUAUUUGAUCGAAAUGUUGAUUAUAUACAAGAAGUCAAAAAAAUUUCUCCAGAGGGAGUAGACAUCUUGUUGGACUGCCUGUGUGGGGAGAACACAGGGAAAGGCCUGAGUCUGCUGAAGCCAUUGGGAACCUACAUCCUCUAUGGCGCGUCAAACAUGGUAACUGGGGAAACAAAGAGUUUCUUCAGCUUUGCAAAAUCUUGGUGGCAGGUGGAGAAGGUGAACCCUAUUAAACUAUAUGAGGAGAACAAAGUCAUAGCUGGAUUCUCGCUCCUCAACCUCCUCUUCAAACAAGGGAGAUGCGGUCUUGUGAGAUCAGUGAUGGACAAACUUUUGUGUCUUUAUGACCAAAAGAAGAUCAAGCCGGUAGUGGACUCCCUGUGGGCACUGGAGGAGGUAAAAGAGGCCAUGCAGAGAAUUCAUGACAGAGGCAACAUAGGAAAACUCAUUCUGGAUGUUGAGAAGUCUCCCACCCCUCUGAUGGCUAGUGACAGCACAGAGACCAGUGAAGCAGGAGAGGAAGAAGAGGAGCCCGAGGGAGACAACGACAGUAAGGAGCGAAUGCCUUUCAUCCAUUAG